AUGACAAAGCUUCGCCAAAGCCGCAGCAGCAGCAAAGGAAGCACAGGGACCUCGACCACACGGCCUGGCAGCGAGACACCGCGCCGCCGCUACGAGACCCGAACUUUCUGGGACCAGUGGUAUCGAAAGCACGGGGAAGCCGUGGAGUGGAGUGGUCCAGUGAAUGACAUUGUCCUACAGGCAAUCACGGAGGUCCUGAAGGGACUACCAAGAACAGAGGAGCCUCUGCGAGUUUGCGAGCUCGGAUGUGGGUGCUCGCAUCUGGCCCCAAUGCUGCGUGAUGCCGGAGUGACUGUGAUCGGAGUGGACUUCUCCCAGGAGGUGAUCAGUGCCAACAGGAUGCGGUAUCCGGACAUCCAGUGGGAAUGCUGGGAUGCCUUGCAACUUGCGGAUCGUUUCGAUGCCGGCUAUUUUGAUGCAAUCGUUGGCAAGACACUUAUUGAUUGCUUUUUGACCAGGACGGAUGCUGCUGGUUCGAUUCGGCGGAUGCUGCAGCAGUGCCACACGGUCCUGAAAGACAACGGAUGCAUGAUGUUGCUCGACAAGGCUAGCUCGGACAGCAUCAUCGGACGUGGCCGUACACGUCAGCUGACCGUGGACCAUCACAAGAUGCUGACCUUCCGUAUCUUGUACCCGCAGCCGAGGCAGAGUUGCCGCACGAGCCCGGCAGCAGAAGAGUGCGACCCGCAGAGGCAGUGGGAGCUGGAGAUCGAGCCGACGUUGCACAAGCACUUCGUUGUUCGACCAGCAGCCGCGGGCUGUGGAUCGUUGGUGGUGUGGUCGACGGACAAUGUGGCCACAGCAGCAGGAAUCGAGACCGGUGACCUGAUACUAGGCUACCGUCGAAGCGGCGUCAAAACCAUGACGGUUGGCAACGCGGCGGAGACGGCGAAAGUCAUCCGCACGUCUCUGAGGAGUGUCACUUUGCUCAUGGAGCGGCCGGCCUCUGGAGCCGCGCGACGAAAGACCGCCUCGUUGAAGACGAGGUUGAUGUCGCGCCAGUCCACUUCGCAAUCAAAGAUACGUGCAUGGACAUGCGUGACAGUGAUAGCGUAUCAAUCUCUCACGACGGUGAUUGUCGGCCUUACGCUGAAUGAAUUGGCCAAGCGAAUGGACUUACAAAAUGGCUUGCAGCUUCACGGUCUCUUUCUUGGACGCGCCGUCGGAGCUGUGUUUGGCACUAUGCUUGGUGGCUGGUUGUGCGAUGUUUGCCCAAUUAAAAUCGCUAUGUGCUGCUGCAUUGGCAGCUCAGCCUUGACUGUAGUGGCGAUUCCCUUUGCGGCAUCCUCUGCCAGCCUUCACAUUCUGUCCGCCAAUUUUGUUUUGCUGGGCUGCUGUGGCUCUGCCCUGGUCUCCUUUACCGUUUCAGCGGCUUGCUGGAGCUUUCCAGGGAAAGAGGUUGGCCCGAUACUGGCACUUUGCAACGGGGCAUUUGGCAUGACCAGUGCGGCGCUUCCCUUGGCUUUCAAGGUUAGUCAAGAGGUUUGGUGCUCCUGCUAUGCGGCCCGCGGCGCGGAUGCCGAUCAGUUUCGCAGGCAGAUGCAGGGCGAUCCUGUCGCAGAAUAUGGUUUUGUUGCUCUGUGUGCCGCUCCGCCUUUGGCUUUCCUGGCAGCGAGCCAGGCGCCGCAGAGGCCAGUGGAAAAGUCAUCCGAGCUGGAUUCGGAUGACAGCUCCGAGGACGACACAGGUCUUUGGUCAGCGGCUGCAAAGAGAUGGAUAGCUGUUCUCGCAGCAGCAUUGGUGCAGUUCCUGUUCUCCGGAGCAAACUCUGCUUUGCUGGGCUGGAUUGUGUCUUAUGCCGACGGGGAGCUCCACGACCUCGAAGUGGCACCCGUUCUGGUGAGCCUACUGCAGGGCUCCUUGAUGCUCGGUUCUUUUGGAGCUUCUAGAUAUCAGCAGUAUUUCCACCUGUGGGAUUUGGCUCGCGGCCAAGUUGUCUUAGUCUUGCUGGGGCUUCUUUGCUGGCUGCCGUUUACCUCCUCUGUGCUGGCGACGGUGCUGGCCUUGAUAUGGUACGGCCUUGCAGGCGGCCCUCUGGUGACCUACGCCAGCACACUGCUCAACCAGCACUGCAGCCCAACUGGAUUUCAGUUGGCCGUUGGUCAGCUUGCCCUCACGACUUCGACCAUGCAAGCACUGCAGAUUGCAAGUGCAUCGCCCAGCUUCGGCAACUGGUUACCAGAAUUCGUACAGGUAGAUCCCACGGCCCCAGUGCCCUUUGCAGCUACCUGCUCUGGAAUUAUUUGGAGGACCAUUUCUGGUCGGCAUGCUAAUGAUCAGACUGGGGCAUCCGGGCCGGCACAGCUAGGUUUCAGCCGGCUUAUUCUCGUCCGCUCCAGACGACUGGAUUGUGUGGACAAGUUCAAACAUGUGACCAAAAGCUUUAUCGGCGUUUUGGCUGAUGAAGACGACCACGUCCCGACCUCUGUCACAGGCCGUUAG